AAAAAGAAAAACCGCGAAGCGUCUGGACUCUCUGCUCUGGAAUGUGCUUGUCGUCGUGAACAAGGAGGCAAAUCCAAAUCGAAAGAUCAAAUCGGAAACCCUAAACACGAUGGAGAGAAGAGGAUCCCGAUCCAACGGAAUGUUGCCGCUGCUCGCACUCCACGCCGCCAGCGAGUAUUACAGGCUCGACAGGAAGCCUCCCGUCACCGCCGCACUCAUUGCCGCCAAUUCCCUCGUCUACUUACGCCCCGCCUUCCUCGAACCCAUUCUUCCUUCCAUUCACGACGUCUGGUUCAACCCUCACCUCAUCCUCAAGAAUAAGGACUUGAAGCGGUUCUUGCUGUCACCGUUUUACCAUGUGGGAGAGUCUCAUCUGGCUUACAACAUGCUCUCGCUUUUAUGGAAGGGCAUCAAGUUGGAGUCCUCCAUGGAUAGUGCUGAGUUUGCAUCCAUGGUUGCUGUGCUACUCGGUAUGUCCCAAGGGAUCACACUGCUGCUUUCGAAAGCGCUGCUGGUUUUGUUUGACUAUGAGAAGGCUUAUUAUUCGGAAUACGCUGUUGGGUUUUCUGGGGUGAUAUUUGCAAUGAAGGUGGUUCUCAAUUCGCAGUCCGGAAACUAUAGUUCUGUACAUGGAAUUCCGAUGCCGUCGCGUUAUGCUGCUUGGGUGGAGUUGGUUCUUAUCCAGAUGUUGGUGCCUGGCGUGUCUUUCAUUGGUCAUUUGGGUGGGAUACUUGCCGGGUUUCUGUAUCUCCGAUUGAGGAGUGCAUAUUCGGGCUCAGACCCACUUACUUUAGUUCUCAGAGGUGUUACUAAUGUACUAGAAUUGCCGAUGCGGUUUUUAAGAAGAGUGUUUCCAUUCAGACGGAGGCAGGUAUCUGGUAGAGGACCGGUUGGUGGGAGUCGUAGAGGAAUAGCCAUGGCGGAUUGGAGGUGCAGUGCUUGUACAUAUGAAAACUCUGGUUGGUUGGAUGCAUGUGAAAUGUGUGGCACAAAUAGGAAUGACAAUGGCAAUGGCAAUUCCAUGGCGUCGCAUCCUUUGCCACAAUAUUCAGGUGACCUUACUUUGGAAGAAUUAAGGCGGCUAAGGUUGGAAAGAUUUGGUAGAUGAUAGGGUCUUGACUCUGGAGCGUUGCCUCAAGUAGUCAUAGGGUGAAUAAAAUUAUAGUUGUCAUAGGGUCUGUCAUCACUGCUGUUAUGCUGUUUGUAUCAAGUCAUUCAGUUAGAAAUCUGAACAAUCAAGUCAUUGUCUUGGACUUAUUAGUGUAGCCUACUUGUGUUUGUUCAAUUAUUAUGGUGAACUUUCAUUCUUUUAA